AUGGAUAACAUCAACUUCCCCGCACAGCCUCCCAACUCUCCCGCCGAGUCUCUCGGCUCCAUUUCAUCUGAGGAUGCACCAAGCGGUGACCUCGUUUUCCUGGUGGGCCCAGCCCAAGAAGAGAUCCUCGCGGAUCUCACCGGCCUCCGCGAAGCAUCGUCCGUCUUCGCCGAAAUCCUGGCGCCCUACGCCAUGGAAAUGCAAGGCAUUUCCUACCCCGGCUCCGGCUCCGGCUCCGGCUCCGGCUCUCCGCUUCCUCGGGAGAUUUCGCUCCCCGACGACAACGAUUUCGCCAUGAAAGCAAUCUUUUACGCCCUCGCUUUCCCCGGCGAGUUCAUCCGGCCCGCCACCCCCGCCAACCCUGCGCCUGCUGGCCCGAGUGCCAGAGAGUUUCUCCACCUCGCGGUGGCAAUCAAGAAGUACAAGUUGCAAGACAACUUGUUUGUGCCGUGGGCCCGCUGGUUCGCGGAGGUUGUCGACAAGGUCAAGGCGAACGGAGGAACGGCCCAGGAGAUGGUCUGGCUGGUUGCUGCUGCUUGGCAGCUGGGAGAGAGAAGACGGUUUGCGGAGCUUGGCUUGGACCUGAUGGUCAAGCACCAGGGCAGGGCUGGAUCCUUUGCUCGGCUGUGGGCGGGGGAUGUGGUGGUGCUGAGGGUGCUGCCUGAGAACUUUCCUCUUGUCGGCGAGCGCGCGGCCCAGCUGAAGAUGCGGGUCUUGGACCUCGUUCGCCACAGAGUGGCUGAUGACGGUUGCGGCUGCGGAGAAAGGGCCGAGUUGACUAGUUCGUGGGAGGAUGUUUGGGAGGAGCACGGCUGGGGAUCUACGGUUCCCUUGAGCGAGUUGCUCAGGGCCGUUGAGCCGCUGGCUGAGCAGGAGGCAGCGAGUGUGGGAGAGGAGUGUGAUUGCGGUGAGAGGGAGUUGGGACCGGGUGCUGUCAAGAAGGAGCUGGAGAAGGCUAAGAGGGAGGCGAAGAUCUGUUUCGAGUGCGUGGAGAUGGGUGGUGCGCAUUCUCAUUAA